AUGUCCGCCACGAACACUCCUCCUGCGGAGGCCCCUAAGCCUGCCGCUGCUGCUACUCCCCAGCUCAGCGGUCUCCAGCUCUAUUCCAGAUUCGCCUUCGCUGGUGCUGUCUGCUGCUCCGUCACUCACGGCGCUCUCACUCCUGUCGAUGUCGUGAAGACCAGAAUCCAGCUUGAUCCCGCCACCUAUAACCGUGGUAUGAUCGGCGGAUUCAGGCAGGUCAUUGCCAACGAGGGUGCUGGCGCUCUCCUGACUGGUUUCGGUCCUACCGCUGCCGGUUACUUCCUCCAGGGUGCUUUCAAGUUCGGUGGUUAUGAAUUCUUCAAGCAGCAGUGCAUCAACAACCUCGGCCUCGAGACCGCCUCUAACAACAGAACCGCUGUCUACCUCGCCUCUUCUGCUGCCGCCGAAUUCUUCGCUGAUAUCGCCCUUUGCCCUCUGGAAGCCACCCGUAUCCGUCUCGUCUCUCAGCCAACCUUCGCUACCGGUCUCAUGAGCGGUUUCGGUAAGAUCCUCAAGAACGAGGGUGUCGGUGCUUUCUACUCUGGAUUCGGUCCCAUUCUCUUCAAGCAGGUCCCCUACACCAUGGCCAAGUUCGUCGUUUUCGAGAAGGUCUCUGAGGCCAUCUACCGCAAUUUUGACAAGGACACCCUCACCGACGGCUCCAAGACCGCUAUCAACCUUGGCUCUGGUCUCAUUGCUGGUUUUGCUGCUGCCCUUGUCUCCCAGCCCGCUGACACCAUGCUCUCCAAGAUCAACAAGACCCCUGGUGAGCCUGGUGAGGGCACCGUCUCUCGUCUGAUCAAGAUCGGCAAGGAGCUUGGCUUCCGUGGCAGCUAUGCCGGUAUUGGUGCUCGUCUGUUCAUGGUUGGUACUUUGACCGCCGGUCAGUUCGCCAUUUACGGUGACAUCAAGCGUGUCUUGGGCGCCACUGGUGGUGUUGAGAUCUCCAAAUAG